AUGCCUGGGACGCCAUCGUCACGGCACGUAUCAGCAGUGGGUGAGGACGUCGACGACUUCGCUCUCCGCCUCAACACCCUGAUGCAGCAGUUGGCGCGGUACGGCGACGAUGACAUCGAUGAGAGAGCCGUCGAGAAGCUCCUCCACGUCGUCCCCAAGAAGUAUUCGCAGGUCGCCAUCGCGAUCGAGAUGUUGCUAGACUUCUUCGAGCUGUCGAUCAAGGAGGUGACGGGUCGCCUCAAGGCCGUCGACAACCGCGAGUAG